UAUAACCACUACAAGUCUACAACUUGAAAAGAGAAGAGAAAGAAAAAGAUAAAAUAGAUGUCAAAUACUAUAUAGGUGGAAGCAGUGUCUGAAUUGAGAGCACCACUUCAUCAUAAAAGUAUUACACAUGUCUGUUUCUCUCCCUGUGCUACUUUUCUUCUUGUUCUUUUCUAUCAAUUGUCAAUGUCAUCCUUUAGACCCUCUUAAUCCUGAUGAAAUCAACCAAAUUAGAAUCAUUAUCCAAAAGUCCCACCUUGGUUCCCUCUCCAAUGUAACAUUUCAUUUUGUAGACCUUGAAGAACCAGAAAAGAAUGAUGUCCUUCAUUGGUUGUCCUUGCAUAAAUCAAACAAUGCCUCUUUUCCUUAUCGCCGAGCUAGGGUAGUAGUUCGCGCUAGUGGCAAGUCACAUGAAUUCACACUAGACUUGGCUACUAACUCUAUCAUAUCACAAAAACUGUACUCUGGCCAUGGCUUUCCUCCUUUUACUCUCAAUGAACUUAUACAGCCCAUCACGCUGACAUUGAGUAGUCCUAAAUUUCAAGAUUCAAUAUCAAGAAGGGGAUUGAAUAUAUCUGAAGUCAGCUGCAUACCACUAUCAGUUGGAUGGUUUGGUCAGAAAAAAACCAGAAGAGUUCUUAGUGUUCCAUGUUUUUACCGCGGAGGGACUACUAACUUUUGGGCCAGGCCUAUUGAAGGAAUAACUACACUAGUAGAUGUUGAGUCAAUGAAGAUUAUUAAGUAUGUGGAUAGACUCCGAGCUCCCUUGCCUGAAGCAAAGGAUGCUAAUUUCAAUUCGUCGAGUCAGGGAUCAGUCACUUGCAAUGGCACAGAAGUACCCUCCAGGAUAAACAUUCAAGGCCAUGAAGUUAAAUGGACUAAUUGGAUAUUUCAUGUUGGAUUCAACACUAGAGCAGGAAUGAUCAUAUCUACAGCUUCCAUAUUUGAUGCUGCAAGAAAUGAAUAUCGACGUGUGCUCUAUAGAGGUCAUGUCUCUGAGAUAUUCGUGCCUUACAUGGAUCCUACAUUUGAAUGGUACUAUAGGACAUUCAUGGAUGUUGGCGAAUUUGGUUUUGGGAGAUCGGCUAGCACCCUUGUCCCGUCGCUGGACUGUCCAAACAAUGCAGUGUAUAUGGAUGGUUACAUGGCUGAUUCAGAAGGCCAAGUAGUGCAAGUUCCUCGAGCUAUUUGCAUUUUUGAACGAUAUGCUGGCGAUGCUGCAUGGAGGCAUACCGAAAUAGGAGUACCUGGCAAUUUAAACACCAAGGGACAGCAAGAAGUUAAUUUGGUGAUCAGAAUAGUGACAACAGUUGGAAAUUAUGACUAUAUACUUGAUUGGGAGUUCAAACAAAGUGGAUCCAUUAAAGUUGGAGCAAGUCUAACAGGGAUUAUGGAGAUGAAGGCUGUGAAAUACACGAACGACAAUCAAAUUACAGAAGAUGUUUAUGGGACCCUUGUGGCAGAAAACACAAUUGCAGUGAACCAUGAUCAUUUCCUCACCUACCGCAUUGAUCUUGAUGUUGAUGGUAGUAAAAAUUCAUUCUUGAAAGCCAAACUGAAAACUGCAAGAGCGAAGGACCCGAAAAUAUCACCAAGGAAGAGUUAUUGGACUGUUGUUAAAGAAACUAUGAAAACAGAAUCUGAAGCUAGGACUCAAUUUGGAAUUGAACCAGCUGAACUGUGGUUUGUUAAUGCUAAAAAAAAGACUAAGGUUGGAAACGAUGUAGCUUAUAAGCUAAUUCCUGGUAGACCAUCAAUGUCUUUGCUAUCAGAUGAUGAUUACCCUCAAAUUAGAGCAGCCUAUACCAAGUAUCAACUGUGGGUGACUCCUUAUAACAAAUCAGAAAGAUGGGCUGCAGGAUUUUAUGCUGAUAGAAGCCAUGGUGAUGACAAUUUAGCAAUCUGGAGUGGGAGGAAUAGAUUAAUUGAGAACAAGGAUAUUGUGCUUUGGUACACACUUGGAUUCCAUCAUAUUCCUUGCCAAGAAGAUUAUCCUAUAAUGCCAACUAUCUAUGAUGCUUUUGAGCUCCGGCCAGCAAAUUUCUUUGAAAGAAACCCACUGCUGGAACAAUGAUGUUGUGAUAUUGUCUUGUAUAAGUACUUGAUCAGAUUGAAUAAAUGCAAAACCGAAGAUUAUUGUAUUUUUAUCGAAUAAAUUGAAUUAAUUAACAGUGCUUUGAUGAUUAUUA